AUGCAAAUCAAAUCAAGCAGUGUCGAACAGCCAGUAAAGAAUCAGACAGAGACGUAUGGAUUGCACAAAGGUUUUAUGCCGGUUGAAGCUAUUAAACAUGCAUAUAAUGCGUGUGCACUCUACUGUGCCUGUGUUGUGUUAGUAACUCGCCAGUUUGUCCAGCGAUCGAUCAUCGAGACGUUAUGCUUCAUACUUUUAAGUUUCUAUAUGAUUAGCAACACGUACGUGAAUCCACGGCUGAACUUGCCAUACACCACCAUCAACGCCAUCACUUUCACUGCAAUCGCUGCUACAACGACCACAACAACGCCAUCAUCAGUUUUCAUACCGACCACCGCAACGUCAAUUGCAGCAACUACAACAGCCACUGAUGCUGCACACAGCGGUGGCGGUACUUGCGCUCUCAACGAGAUUUUUGUAGUCAUUACCUUAAUCAUUACGUCAAUCAUUAUCAUGACGUCAUCUUUGCGCUGCCCUGAAGACGAGAGUAUCUUUUCUGACGUCGAUAGUGGAGGCCACAAGACCGAAACCAUCACGCCACCACCACUCGUCAACACCAACUUCAACAACGUCAACAGUCUCAACAACAACAACAACAACAACAAUAGCUACAACAAAAAAAUGAUCAACAACAACAACAUCAUGAAUGACAACAACAACGCCCACCACAACUCAAUUAGUGCCUCGUCUCUGUCUUCAUUGACGCCGACAACAAAACUAAACAACAACAACAACAACGCAACUACACCAGCGACUACAAAACUCCACAACACGACCACAAUUUUGAUAUCGCCGUCGUCGGCGUGCAACAACUUCAACAACUACCCGUUGUCGAAUCGCGCGAGAUUCGUUCUCGGAAGCCAGUACCCAGCCAUUAAACCGGGCCAACCGAAAGCUAUUAACGCCAAUUACAGACAAAUGUUGCCAACAAAUUAUCAUCAACAGCAGCAACUUCAGAAUCAACAACAACAACUUCAAUUUCAACUUAAACAACAACAACUGCAACUGCAAAAUCAUCAACAACAACAACAACAGCUGCAACCACAACAAGUUAAACUAACAACAUUUGGAAGAAACGAUGAAUCCAAUUGCAUUAACGUCACUCAAAACAUCUUAUACAAUAACAACAACCUCAACAACAACAUCAACAUCAACAACAACAACAAUGGCUACUCUCAAGAAACUAUCUUGAGGGUAUUGAAACGAUAA